AUGCAUUCCCAACUUGUUUCGCUUGCGGCUUUCUUGUUGCCCUCUAUCGUGGGCGCAGGACCCAUCGUCAAGGGCCACUGGCCUGGGCCACCCUUUCUGAACCAGACUGUCACCAUCGCGCCAAGGACCAUAGACUUUGCGGGCGACCCCAACCUCGAUCGAUAUUGUGUGUACGGCGCAAGACCUUCCGCCGACGGAUAUGCCGAUGCGCAGUGGAUCGAGGUCUACGCCAAGAGAUGGGAGCCAAAAGUCAACAAAAUCACGAACCAGUGUGCAGAUGACUUCCGACAAGAGCUUGAGUAUCAGUGCAACGUUGAUGUCAUGAACUUCGCCUGUGUUGAGACAGAAAAUGCCCAAGGCGACCAUGGCGUGAAGAUCCAGUUCCACUUUCGAAAAACACAAUGGCCUAACCAAGACAAUCGUCGUGGAAGCAUAGAGCGAGCUUUUCGCUAUACGUCAACGUACAAUGCCGCCCAUGAUACUGCUGCGCUCAGAUGUACCAAGUUGCCGGAUGCAUAG